CCGGGUCUUCGACGAGCCACUCAACGAGGGGUGACAACGGACGCACAGAUGGAGCGUCCCCGGGAAGCUGUAUUAUAGCCCACAGAAGGUUCCCAAUUCGGUCUGCGGGAAAAUAAAGAGGACCAAGAGAGAGAUGGGGAUUUUAGGGCAGAAGAUGGCGGUGAUGGUAGUCGUGGUGUGGGUGGCGAUGAUGGCGGCGGUGGCGACGGGGCAGCAGCCACCGUCGUGCGCGGCGAAUCUGUCGCAGUGCGCACAGUACAUAAACAACUCGACGAAGCCGUCAGAGUCGUGCUGCGAGCCGCUGAGGGAUGCGGUGAAGAACCAGCUCGCGUGCUUGUGCGCGCUCUACAAGGACUCCAACAUCCUUAAAUUUCUUAACAUCACCGUCGAUAAGGCCCUCCAGCUCUCCAGCCGCUGCGGCGUCAAUUCCACCCUGUCCGCCUGCACCGAAGCUCUGGCUCCCGGGUCUCAUCCUUCUCCAGGGGGAAAUGGAAGCGGAAGUGCCCGUAGAGCGACCUGGUUUGGAAUCUCAGGCUUGAUUAGCCUGUUCUUCUUCUCGUGGUCCGUCUUGGCAUAGGCGGGGUAUCCUAUCAUAUCUCCCAUCCGGACUGCAGACAAGUAGGAGGAGGAUUGUUCCAUUAGAAUAGUUGUUUGGUCAUCAUAUUGUUAUCAGUUUUCCGAUUUCAUUUGGACUUAGGUGACGGGCUGACGGCUGGUAGUCCAUCCUGUCACUUGUUUGAUGAGCAGUUCCUUGGUAGUAUACAUAUACAUCAGAGUAUAUUUGGUUUCAUGAUUUUAUCAUCUUCUUUUCAUAAAAUAAUCUUCAGAACUUACCCUGAAA